AUUAAGAGAUCAUCUAAAAAUAAUGUGUGAAUAUACAUUUGAGUGUGUGGAUAAUGUAUGUGUGUGUGUGCGCACAUAACAAAAAGUGAUGGGAGGCAGAAUACUGCCCUAGGGAAGAUACUGUGAGGGAUAUUCAUGCCACUGAAGUUCAGCUGUCCAGCUUGAGUCUCUAGUCAAACCAACGGAGAGAAGUUGGGUCCUGCGGAAAGCAACUUACAGCAUUUAUAGAGUUCAGAGUCUGACUCUACUAGAGCCUAGGGGUUGGUGUCUGAAUAUAGUAAUGCAUGGAUUUCUGCUCCCUCGUUCUCUGUAUGUCAAAGGCCUGGCACUUUCAUUAGGACCUACACAUUACAUACAUUUAUCUUGUAUAUCACACAUACAUAUUAUUUUAUGCAGUAGUAUAACAGGGAAAUUGUAUUUUCACAUUCUUCUAGUAACAGCCCAAAACACUACAUCAACCCAUGGGUCUUGUCUUAAAGCUUAUCUCUUAAAGCUUCCCCUAUGAGAGCUGUGUUUCACAUAAUGGAAGGAUCAGCUGAGUUCUGCUGGUGACUGUAGUGUCUGAUGUGUUUAGUUUUUCACAAGCAGUGUGAGGGAAGGUAUCUUGUGUAUUAAGGGGAGCUAACUAGAAUUAAUGAGACUACCAGUAUUUUAAUUAGCUCUUAAAGAAAUAAAUGAAAAAAAUCCCAUUUUAAUUUAGUUUAACUUCCAAAACUAGCUGACCUGCUAACUGCUAAGGUAUGAGGUCAUUUCUUGGAAAAAAAAGCACAGUCAGUCAGAGCAAAGAGCCAUAGCUAUUCAUUGUAUUUCCUGGGGCAUGCGGACUGUGAUUAUUCCCAUCAGAGCCAAAUGGGCAAAGUCAUGGUCCCCUGCUGAUUCUCUGGGGACCCCUCUCUGUGCUGAGACUACCACAAUCUGCUGGGAGUAUCAACUUCCUGGAUGAGGAGCAGCAUCACUCAUGCUGCUGCCACGGCGCAAUGGAAAUAUCCACCUAACAGUGUAUGUUCACUGCAGUUUGCUGAUCUCUCCCAGUUUGGAACAUGACUUUCCUAAAAAACAAAGGCCAUUGCACAGUGAGGGGAGUACCGAUGGGAUGCUUCCUUCUCCUGUUUGCUGCUGAGUUAUUGCUGAUGGAGAUGAGCAGAGUCAUUUGACUCAGCCACAACAAAGCUAAUACACUAAUGAUGCGAAAGAGUGUGGCUAGAGUGGCCUGAAAACCCCUGUGAACUAACAGCAGAACAUAUUUAGUAUGCUCUCUGCUUUACAAAUUCUGUCCCACCGUGUCUUCCUUGAGAUGAGUAGGCUCAGAUGUGGGCAAGGAAAGAGCAGGGUAACAUUGGCAUCAGUGUCACAGGAUGAUGUCCUGCUAGAAGGUGAUUGUGCCUACCUAAUGGGCUUCUGCCCCCUGCUGUGAGGGGAUUGGAGGGAAGGAGAGGAAAGCUUAGAGGAGGAGGAAGUCUUUGUGGAGAGGGAGGAAAGACUAGGUUUAAAAUAUCAAGCCCUUUGAGUCUUUAGGAGCUUCCUGCUGGAUGGAGAGCAAGGGUGGAACAGGGCCCAGGACAGAAAAUGUGAGAUGUCCUACCAUCUGAUGGGCCUGCUUGCAAACUGGGGACUACAUCGAUUGUCUACAGCUCAAAGGGCCCUGAUGUCCCUGAGAGGGAAUGGGGGACAGACUCUCUCUGCCUGGUUUGGCUAAGGGCCAAGGAGAGCAGUGUGGCUGCUCCCUGCCUAUUGCACUUCCAGGGCUGGCCCUUGUUUCCCUUCUAAAGCUACAACAUCAUGUGCUUUCUCCCUUUCCUUACCGUAUUAGAGAGUCUUGUCUUUCAGUUGUCUCCUCUCUCAAAUGAGGACAAGUAUGCAAGGGGAAAUGGGACAAAGAAAGGGAAAUAAUAACGAGGAGGAAGAGGGAGCAGGAGAAAAGUGCAGGAAGAUAUAGGGGAAGAAAUCAUGUCUGUCAGAAAGAGGAGGGAGCCAGCAGGGCUCCUCAGCUAGUGGCUAAAAGCACAGUAUAAACUGGGACUGCAUUCGCACUGGUGUGUGAAGCUGUGAGUCAGACACAUUCCUGCAUGCAGUGGUCAAGGCAGCUCUCAGGGGUUGGUUCAGGGGGCAGAGCUCACCUCUCCAGAGUCUGUCGAAGCUGAGAGGACACAGACUUGGGAGCAGAAAUCCGCUUAUUCACCAAGUCUGCUGGUUUCCCCGGGCCCAGCAACAAAUGAGGAGCUGGUAAAGAGAAGAGACAUUUCCUUCUGGCUGGCAGAAGUUAUCUUGUACCUAUUGGUCUUGAAGGGGAGGGCAGUGUCCCCUUCUUGGCCCUUUGAUGGUUAAGGGAAACAACCGGACACAGCUUGUGAUGGACAAGAUCAGCAAAAUGGACUGGGCAGCUGGAGGUGAGGAAUAGACUUCUCUGGAUAACCUGUCUAUGUCUGAUGAACUCUCGCCAUUCUUCCCUUGACUGCUUUGCUGUUAAGGCUAGACGUGUCCCAUACAGUGAGUGGAGAAGGAACAGGUCUCUGAGAGUUUGAUUUGUUCUUGCUCACCCUACUCAAAGAUGUCUUACAACCCUUCCUUCAUCAGCGCAAGGCCUGGAGAGGAUCCUAGUAGUUUCUUGGAGGAAAGCAGCGGUGGGGGUGAUGACAGUAGUGUCCUGGGAGGGGACAGCCUGGUCACGGGGCCACUGGGUGCAGUGCUGCUGGUCAUGUGCCUCACUGGGAUGGUGGGGAACAUCUACACAGUGGCAGUGGCCUCUGGCAGGGUGGUGGGCUACUCAGCAGGCUCCCUGGGGGUCUAUGUGAUCAACCUUGCCCUGGCUGACCUCCUGUACCUGUCCACCAUCCCCUUCGUGGUUUGCACCUAUUUUGCCCAUGACUGGUUCUUUGGGGAUGUGGGCUGCAGGCUUUUGCUCAGCCUGGACCUCCUCACCAUGCAUGCCAGCAUCUUCCUUCUGACCGCUAUGAGCCUGGAGAGGUACUGGGCGGUGGUGAGGCCGCUGCAGGCCAGGCGGGUCAGCAAUGCUUACCGCAAACUGGCCAGUGCCAUCCUCUGGCUCCUCUCACUCCUGCUUACAGCCCCCAUGAUGGUAAUGACCCAGCUGCGGGAGGGGGACAGGCCCCACAAGCGCAUCUGCAUCCCCACCUGGACACCAGCAGCUUUCCGGCUCUACCUGACAGUGCUGUUUACCACCAGCAUCCUGGCACCCGGUGUGGUGCUGGGCAUCGUCUACACCCGCCUGGGCUGGGCAUACCGGGCCUCAGCCUGGGGUCUGGGGCUGCCAAUGGCCAGCCGGGCCCCCUCCCGGCGGCUCUUCUCCAGGAUCUCUGCCAUCGUGGUGGCCUACUGGGCCUGCUUCCUCCCCUUCUGGGCCUGGCAGCUGGCUGGGCUGUACCAGAAGGAUGGGCUGGGCAUCGGCCCCACUGCCCAGGCCUACCUCAACUUCGGUGUCACCUGCCUGGCAUAUGGCAACAGCUGUGUCAACCCCUUCCUCUACACCCUGCUUGCCAGCAGCUACCACCGGCGCCCCGGCCACAGUGGGAUGGGCAUGGCACAGCCUGCAGCACCCUCCCGGCAGGCUGCAGGAAGCCACAGCCUCCCCCUGACUUUCAAGGAGUUGUCAGGGUCUCUGAGGGAAAGCGAGGGGUGAGCAGUGACCCAGGUUGGGCACAUCUCCUGGCCUUUGUCUGGGGUCAGGUCAAGAAAUAAAAGUGCAUCACCUUCCAUGGUAGGAUGCAGUGUCUUCUAUCGUUGUUGCAGUGCCUUCCUCUUUACAUGGAUGCUUAUCCUGCUCAUCUGUGGGGAGGGGGAGAAUGCUUGUCUUGGGGUUCCUGACUCCAUCCUCAAGUCCGUCAUGCGAGCCUCCACCUUGCGCAAGGCUGGGGAGUGGGUGGAAGGGAGCAGUCAGCUUUGAUACAUCUAAAUUAUACAGCUGGGGAACCCUCGCCACCCCUCACCUCCUCGCUAGCAACGGGCCAAGCCAUAACAAAGUCAGGACAACAGUGAGUCAUAGAUUUCACAGGAGCAGUGAGUCACUUCAAGAAGCAGCCACGCUGGCAGGAGACCUGACUAAGGUUCGUACUCCUGUGGUAAAGCUACCACUCAGUUUUCUUCAUCCACCCUUCGUGAAAAAAUCUUUGAAGAGUUUUUCUAAAGAAAGACUGCCAAGUGCAGUUAAGAGGCAUUGUGAGAUCUCCACGAAGUACAGCUCAGGGAGGUCAGCACAUUUGCUUAGCUUUCAAGAUCAGCCCAGCAGAGAAAGCUGCAAGGAGAGAGCUCCACUCUGUAUCCAUUGUCACAGCUCUUGGUGACCUCACCAGCACCAUAGCCCUGCUGUGGUCUACUAAAUGUACCCCAGUCUGCCAGACUGCAUCAAGACCACUGUGUAAACUCGGCCAGGUCUCUUGCCUUGAGGUCAUCUAGCCUAGCAUGGCUCAAUUCCAUACAACUAAACUCUUCUCUUCUCCACAAAGGAUGGCCUCAUCCCUAUCACCCCAUGGGAAGAGUCCCCAAGCUAUACUGUCCCCCAGCUAUGCCUAUGCACAGGGUGACAAAUGUCAAAUGUCACAUGUACUGUUAUAGAUGAAGCCCUAAAGAGUGUGAUGUGAUCAUCCAGAGUAGACUGGCUUUGGGCAACACAGGGCUUCAGUGAGAUCCAGCUGCAGAGCCUCAAGUUGCUUGUACACCCCAAGUGUUCCUGCCUCUCAGCUCAGCUCUCAUCUUCAGCUCUCAUCUCUCUUCCUCCUCAGCCCCACAAUUCCUAGCAACUUAGCCUCCCUCUGCUUGAGUACCUAGGACACAGCACCUGGCAGAGCCUCAUAAAUUAUGAAGAACAGGAGGUGCUGCUGCUGCUGUUCUCCAGCUGCUCUGCAACUCUUUAAUGGGAUUUGUAGAGCCAGGCCUGCAGGGAAUCCUGUAGGACAUCAAAUUGUUAGUGCUUUGUGUUGCUCAUGGCCAAGCCUGAAUGUGAGGACACAAAAAUUGGGCCUUUUUAUCCCAGACUUACCUGGUAGCAGGUAACACCUGGUAACAGCUGUGCACUGUGGAAACAGCAGAUCCCACCUUUCCUAUGCCCAGCAGGCACAGCAUGCCCAACAGCAGUAAUCAUUGCUGCCAAGGUAGCAUCAGACUGGGAGAGCCCCCAAGGCAGCUAUGCAGUAACAUCAAACAUGCCUCAUCAUCUCAGACUCCUCAGAGUCUAGCCUCCGUUUAGACUGAGAAGUGCUCAGGCUCAUUUGGGCUAAUGUGAGGGAAGGGGUAACAAAAGCAUAGGGCACACAUCCUUAGCAUCCCACGCCCCAGCUGGGCAUUGCUACCUCUCCCAGCUCUGGAUGGACCAGGCAAAGCACUCAGGGCAGAAUAAAACCAGACUCCUCCAGGGUACUGCCCUCAAGUGCCACAACACAACACUAUUUGUGCUUCUGCAGCUAUUGGAAGAAAGGAUUUGGAUGAGAAGCCCUCUACAUACCCUGCCACACUCAGCAAGGCAGCCUUUUCUACUGCUGUCUCCACGCAGUAGCAAGAGGUCCCAAGAUGACAUAGGAGAGCUCUGUCAUGAGUAGGACCAGCCUCUUCAGAGGGGUACAGCCAAAGCUAGUGCAACUGAAGACUUUCCUCUCACUCCAUGCCUGGCCAGGUUUACCUAGCACAGCAACUGAAUGCUGUCUGAAGCCAGCCAGGGAUGCUUAAUUUAGGGAGAGAUAGAUUUAAUCAACCAGUUUUACUCGGGCAGGGUAAGGUGUCAGUCCAGACCUCAAGAGUGGGUGACUUUGUUUAAAAGACCCUUUCACUCUCCCUCCCAGUCACAACUAGCCCCAGCGUUUCAUCCUGAGGAUCUCCUUGGACUUUUUAACUUCCAUCUUCCAUCUUUAAUCCUCACCCUCUUCUCCAUCCAUGGCCAAGGAUGACACAAUUGUACAUGGAUGACACCACUUAUAGUACCUAAAGUUGGCUACCUUCAUCCACCCACUCCUCCAGCAAGGUGCCCAACCCAUGAUGACUUGCAGGAACAAAUUAGAUUUUGAGACUGGCUAGACCAAAACUCCUGUUUAUUAAUCGUUUUUUCUGCAUCUUUGACAUGGAGGCAUCAGAGGAAGUUAUUCCCAGCUGAGGGAUUGGAGCGUGAAGUCCCCUUGUGUAUCAAAGUAGUCAAAGACAGCGAGACCAAGCCGGUUAGGGAAUGUGAACUGGUGGCCUGGCAGGUGGACUGUCACAUCGUUUUGGUUGACACCAAAAGUGAUCUACAAGACAAACAGAAAAGUCAAAAGUUUCUGCCAAGACACCCUCAAGCCUUUUCCCUGUACCACCCUCCACUCUGCAGGGUGAACAUGCUCAGCAGCAUAACCUGUUCUUCAA